AUGGCUUCCUCUGUCUCGACGGUCCCUUUUGCCGACCCUCUUUGGCUUAAUCGCUACUACAGCCCAUACUACAACGAGUCACAUCGUCAGCUCCAAAAGGAGGUUCGCGAGUAUGUUGACACUCACAUCGCGCCGUUCUGCGAAGAAUGGGAGAAACAGGGAUUUGUACCGCCAGAGGUUCAAAGGCGCCAUGCAGAACUGGGCUAUACAGCUGUCGCGUCCUUCCCCCUAGCAGCGGAUUACCUCAAUGAUCAGCGGCUCCCAGGCGACGUCAACCCCCGAGAGUGGGACGGAUUCCAUGAUCUCGUUGUCAUUGACGAGCUGGCUCGCUGUGGAUAUUUGGGAAUUAUCUGGGCGCUUGGGUGCGGAAACUCGAUUGGAGGACCACCCGUUAUCAACUUCGGCAACGCAGAGCAGAAGCAGCGAUUCUUGCCUGAUAUGUUGAGCGGAAAGGUCAGAUUUUGCUUGGGAGUGACAGAACCAGAUGGUAAGACGCUUCUGAAUAUUCAAUCAAACAUUGGCCUGCGAGUGCUAAUCAGUUUCCUCAACCCUACAGCUGGAUCCGAUGUUGCUGGCAUUACCACAACCGCUGAGAGAAAGGGCAAUGUGUAUAUUGUCAAUGGUGCUAAAAAGUGGAUCACCAAUGGCAUAUUUGCAGAUUAUUGCACAGCAGCCGUGCGGACCGGCGGGGAAGGUACACAGGGUAUCUCAGCCUUGAUCAUUCCCAUGAAGGCUCCCGGUGUGACGUGCAGGAAGAUUGAGAAUUCGGGCGUUCAUGCCAGUGGUUCGACUUAUAUUGAAUUUGACCAAGUCAAGGUUCCCGUGGCCAACUUACUCGGCGUCGAGAACAAGGGAUUCCCCGUUAUCAUGAAUAACUUCAACCACGAGCGUCUAUGGCUAGCCUGUACAUCCCUCCGUAUGGCCCGAGUCUGUGCUGAAGAUUCCUACAAGCACGCCAUCUCUCGUGAAACCUUCGGCAAGAAGCUCAUCGAGAACCAAGUCGUCAGAUCAAAAUUCAGCGCCAUGGCUCGUAGUCUGGAUUCCACUUAUGCUUGGAUGGAGCAGCUUGUCUAUAUUUCCGAGGAGGCAAAGCGGAAUGGCGCUGACGCUGGAAUGGGGGGUCUGUUCGCAAAUCUGAAGGUACUCGCGGGCCAGACUCUAGAGAAGGUGAACCGAGAGGCGCAGCAAGUUAUGGGUGGACUUGGAUACUCGAAGAAUGGACGCGGCGCAAGGAUCGAGCAAAUUAGCCGUGAUGUGAGGGUUAUGGUAGUAGGUGGUGGGAGUGAAGAGAUUUUAUCCGAGCUGGCGGUCAACCAGGAAACCAAGGUGAUGAAGAAGCUACAGAGUAAGCUUUAG